AUGUGGACUUGGCAAAGAAAUCUGGCAAGUGAACUCGGAGUACGUUUGCCUGCAAAACAGAUCUACCCAGACCUCCUCGCAGAUCAAAUUGGUGAACCCAACCUCACGACUCAUAUUCAGCAAUUUCUACAUGACCAGCUCCAUCGUUCUGACUCCAACUCAGAAGCCUCCGCUGACUCGUCCAGUUCCCUUCCUGAGCUAUAUGAAAAAAUCACUCUGUAUACAUCAGCUGUUGCCACCUUCUUCGCUCCAAGUGACAUCUCAGGCAUCGGUGGUAUGCACUACGAGCGUAUUCGUGCUGUGGAUACCUGGAGGAACGGCCCUGGUCGAUAUGACUGUGCUUUCAUCAGUACUGAUCCCACUGCUGAGGGCAUGAGCGGCUUUGAUAUUGCUCAAGUAAGGCUUUUCUUUUCAUUUAAACAUGAUGGUGUAUAUUACCCUUGUGCAUUUGUGCAUUGGUUCAAACGGGUGCACGACUCACGAGAUGAGAACACAGGAAUGUGGGUAGUAGAGCCUGAAACCCUCGAGGAUGGGACACGCUUUGCCUCCGUCAUUCACCUUGACUGCAUUUUUUGUGCAGCACACCUUAUGCCUGUAUUUGGGUAUGAAUUUGUACCUACUUAUCUCUCUUACACGCAGACCCUUAAUGCUUUCCGCACUUACUAUGUAAACAAAUACACUGACCACCAAGCAUUUGAGAUUGCUUGGUGA